AUGUUGGUGGAGAGGCCAGUCUGCAUAUCCGGUGAAUCUGGUGGACGCGGCCCCGCGUUUGCUCGUGGUGACAACCAGGUAAACGAUUCACGAUGUACUGGCUGGCAUGAUUCGACCGCCCAACAGUGGAGUUUGAAGACGUGUCGAACACCUUGUUUGAGAAAAAAGGAAGUAAAAGAUAUCCUACCUCCGCAAUGCAAGCACAAGGUUUCCAAAGUUAACUUGAAAUCUUCAGCCAGAGACACCGUAGCCUACCUCGAUUGCGGCGAAACGACACAGUGUUUACCAGUGGUCGGCGGCAUCGCUCGCCUGCCUUCCCCCGCGUUUCUGGAAUCCCUGUACUCUGGGUGA